GCUUAUCUAAAUGAAUCAUCAGCAAUUUCAGCCCUUCUUGAUCCUUGUAAUAAACUUUCUAUCUAUAAUUUUACUGAACAUGAACAAAUUAUUAAUAAACUUCAUGAAGUAUACCAAAUAUACAAAGCACCUAAAGAAAAUAAACCAUUACCACUUAUUACUUAUGAAAUUGAGAAAUAUUUUUCUGAACCUAAGACUGAGACAAACCUACUUCUUUGGUAG